CUGAUUAUUCAGGUUUCGUAUCCUACCGACCUUGAAGUGCCUCCCAAUUGUGCUGUGUGUUCAUGUGCUCCCCAUGAAGAUUAUGACGAAACAAUUAAAUGCAAACCGGUUAAAGAUAUUCGUUUAUGGACACUUGCAAAUGGUGGACCUUUCUGGACAGUAAAUGGUCGUAGAGCUGAUUCUGGAAAUGGCAGUAUGGGCGAAGAUAAUGUGAGUGAUCUUGGCACUGAAAGCGAAAAUGCUGAACCAGCUGAACUCGAUGCAACUGCUCAGUUCUAUGAAGAGGUUGCUGAAAGUAUGGAACGGAUACAGGGUUUCACAUUCAGUGAGUGA